UUUCUCACAUGGUAUUAGAGCAAUGGUGAGAAAAUUAAAUCAGUCGUCACUGUGCAAUUUUCCGGUGACCUAAAUUGCUGUCCUAGAAAUAAAAAAUCAGCAAUUAUUCCGGCCAUUUUUUUUCCAGCAGUUUUUUUUUUUCUAGUGGGGUUGCCUCUUGAUUCCAAGGCUGGCCAUAUAAUUUUUUUUUCCUAAUUCCGACCAGUUUUUGGCGACCAGAUUAUUUUUUUCCGGCAGUCAGAUCUUUUUCAGCAGUCAGAUUCUGGCCCCAAAUUUCUAUUUUAUUUCCAGCAGUCAGACUCUUGCCCCAAAUUUUUAUUUUAUUUCCAGCAGUCGGAUCUAAAUAUUUUUUUGUGUGAGAAUAUUCUAAUUUCACAAUAUGUCAUUCCGGAUUGAUAUUUUUGGCUCUAAAAAUAUAGGAAGUUCAAGUGCUAUGAUCACUUCAGAACCAUUAAUGGGAAGCUCAAACUAUUUAGCUUGGGCUUCGUCGGUUGAGUUGUGGUGCAAGGGUCAAAGCGUCCAAGAUCACUUAACCAAUAAUGCUUGUGUGGUAAAUGAAAAGGCAAAGGCUAGUGAGGCAGAUGAUAAAGCCAAAGCACAAUGGGAGAAGGUUGAUGCUCAAUUAUGUAGUCUCCUAUGGCGAUCUAUCGAUUCCAAGUUAAUGCCCUUGUUUCGCCCAUCCCAGACAUGUUAUUUAGUUUGGGAAAAGGCACGUACUUUAUAUACUAAUGAUAUAUCUCGAUUCUAUGAUGUGAUAUCUAGAAUGACCAACUUAAAGAAACAAGAAUCCGAUAUGUCUACUUACUUGGGACAGAUACAAGUGAUCAUGGAGGAAUUUGAAACAGGCAUCAAUAUAAAUGUGGAAAAACAACAAGAGCAAAGACAGACGUUGUUUCUAGUUCUUACACUUGUUGGACUUCCUCCUGACCAUGAUUCAGUGCGUGAUCAGAUUUUAGCUAGUCCUGCAGUACCUACAAUUGAUGAAUUAUUCUCUCGUCUACUUCGUCUAGCCGCGCCUCCUAGUCACAAAGUAGUUUCAUCAUCCACCAUUGACUCCUCUAUUCUGGCAUCUCAAGCCAUAGACAAACGAACAUAUCAGCCUAUGGAGAAUCGACGAGGAAGUGGUCGUUUUGGAAGAGCUCGAUCCAAGUGUAGUUAUUGUCAUAAGCUUGGGCACACUCGUGACAUGUCAUAUUUUGCAUGGUCCAGCACCUAGUUAUGAUCCUAUUGCCAUAAAGGAAUAUAAUGAGUCCCUUCGGAAUCGCGCAAGUAAGCCAACAUCUCCAAAAGUAGCAUCAUGCUCAACCUGAUCAACCACCCAAUAAUGCUCAUAUUGCUCAGGCAGAAUAUGCUGAGUUCCUUCGAUAUCGAGCAAGUAAGCAAACGUCUCCACAAGUAGCCUCGGUUACUCAGCCUAAUGUUCAUGUUGCGGGUAAUUCUUUUGCUUGUGUUUCAAUCUAGUACUCUUGGAUCAUGGGUUAUGGACUCAGGCACUUCUAAUCAUAUUUCUGGUAACAAAUCACUUAUGUCUGAUAUUGUUUAUUCACAAUCUCUUCCUGCUAUUACUUUAGCCAAUGGGAUCCAAACAGAACCAAAAGGGGUUGGAAAAAGCCAAACCGCUCUCUUCUGUCCCUCUAGACUCUGUUCUUUAUGUCCCUAGUUCUCCUUUCAAUCUAGCAUCUGUUAGUCGUUGGACGCGUGCCUUACAUUGUGGCAUAAUUUUUUUGAUGAUUAUUUUCUAAUGCAGGACCACAGUACGGGAUAGCUGAUUGGCACAGGACAUAAAUCACAAGGCCUUUACUAUCUUACCUCUUCAAAUUCCUUCACAGCAUGCUCCGUUACAGAUCCUCUAGCCCUAAUGCACAAACGUUUGGGACAUUCGAGUCUAUCCAAACUACAUAAGAUGGUGCCUAGUUUGUCUAGUUUAUCCACAUUAGAUUGUGAGUCGUAUCAACUUGGGAAACACAUCCGUGCUACAUUUUCCCGUAGUACUGAGGGUCGUUCAGAGUCUAUUUUUUCAUUAGUCCAUUCUGAUAUUUGGGGUCCUAGUAGAGUCAGUUCACCCUUAGGUUUUUUUUAUUUUGUUAGUUUCAUUGAUGAUUAUUCAAGAUGCACUUGGGUUUUCUUAAUGAAAGAUCGUUCUGAGUUAUUUUCUAUAUUCAAAAGUUUCUUUGCUGAAAUACAAAAUCAGUUCGGUGUUUCUAUUCGUACUUUUCAUAGUGAUAAUGCCUUAGAAUACUUAUCCUCUCAGUUUCAGGAAUUUAUGACUCACCAAUGAAUUAUUCACCAAACAUCUUGUCCGUAUACCCCUCAACAGAAUGGUGUAGCAGAAAGGAAGAAUAGGCAUCUCAUUGAGACUACUCGCACUCUCCUCAUUAAAUCCCAUGUUCCGCUGCGUUUUUGGGGGUGAUGCAGUCCUUGCAUCUUGUUAUUUAAUUAAUAGAAUGCCCUCAUCUUCUAUUCAAAAUCAGGUUCCACAUUCCAUAUUAUUUCCUCGCUUACAUCUAUACUCUAUCCCCCCUCGUGUCUUUGGGAGCACAUGUUUUGUUCAUAACUUAGCCCCAGGUAGAGAUAAAUUAUCCCCUCAUGCUCUCAAAUGUGUCUUACUUGGUUACUCUCAAGUUCAAAAAGGGUACCAUUGCUAUUCACCUGAUCUUCGUCAAUACCUUAUGUCCACCGAUGUCACAUUCUUUGAGUCUCAACCUUAUUAUACAUCUUCUGAUCAUUCUGAUGUCUCUGAGGUCGUACCCAUACCUCAGGUCUUGCAUGUACCGACUUUUGAGGAAUCUAUAGUUACUUCUACAUCUCCAGUGGUAGUGCCACCACUUUUGACUUAUCAUCGUCGUCGGCGCCCAACACUAGUCCUAGAUGAUUCAUGUCCUCCUACUGCGGACUUGCCUUCUCCUAGUCAAUCGAUUGCACUUCAAAAAGGUAUACGAUCCACUAGAAAUGUUAAUCCACAUUAUACUUUCUUGAGUUAUCAUCGUCUCUCAUUACCCCAUUAUGCCUUUGUAUCAUCUUUGUCCUCUAUUUCCAUUCCUAAGACUACAAGUGAGGCACUUCUCAUUCUAGAUGGAGGCAGGCUAUGAUUGAUGAGAUGCCUGCUUUACAUAGGUACUUGGGAGCUUGUUUCCCUUCGAACAGGUAAAUCUAUUGUUGGUUGUCUUUGGGUUUAUGCAGUCAAAAUUGGUCCAGACGGUCAGGUUGAUCAGCUUAAGGCUCGUCUUGUUGCCAAAGGGUAUACUCAGAUAUUUGGACUCGAUGAUAGUGAUACUUUCGCUCCCGUAGCUAAAAUAGCAUUUGUUCGUCUUAUUUUGUCCAUGGCUACGGUUCGUCAUUGGCCUCUGGACAUUAAAAAUGUUUUUCUACAUGGUGAUCUUGCGGAAGAAGUCUAUAUGGAGCAACCACUUGGUUUUGUUGCUUAGGGGGAGUCUAGUAACCUUGUAUGCCAAUUGCGUAAGUCAAUCUAUGGUCUAAAGCAGUCUCCUCGAGCCUGGUUUGGAAAGUUUAGUAAAGUAAUUCAGGAGAUCGGCAUAACUCGUAGUGGAGCUGAUCACUCUGUGCUUUAUCGGCAUUCUGCACCAAAUCAGUGUAUUUAUUUGGUUGUUUAUGUUGAUGAUAUUAUUAUCACUAGCAAUGAUCAAUAUGGUAUCACUAAUUUGAAGCAACAUCUCUCUAAGCAUUUUCAGACUAAAGACCUUGGCAGACUGAAGUAUUUUCUAGGUAUUGAGGUUGCUCAGUCUAGAUCAGGUAUUGUUAUUUCUCAACACAAGUAUGCCUUAGACAUUUUUGAGGAGACAGGAAUGAUGGGAUGUAGGCCCAUUAACACUCCUAUGGAUCCGAAUGUUAAACUCCUUCCAGGACAGGGGGAGGCACUUAGUAAUCCUGAAAAGUAUAUGUGGAAUAAGAUAGUUGAAUAAUUUUAUUCAUAUCUUUCUAUGUCAUAUACAAGGCUUUAUAUACAUGAGAGAUUGUGGAACAGAAUCACCUAGAUCCCAUGAAAUCUGGGAUUCCAUAAAAUCAUAUAUUUUACUAAAAAGAAGAAAAAGAUAUUCUAGAUUACAACAAUUAUCUUUAAGAUCUUAAGGGAUCAAAUCUUGAUAUGGAGAAUAUCCUCUAUCAGCCAACACUCCCCCUCAAGCGGGUGAAUGAAUAUCUUCCAUUCCUAGCUUGCUUAUUAGAUCUUAAAACACAUUAUUUGGCAGUCCUUCUGUUAAAACAUCGGCCACAUGAUCUUUUGUAGAUACAAAUGGUGUACAAAUGAGUCCGCUAUCUAAUUUCUCCUUAAUGAAAUGUCUAUCUACCUCAAUAUGCUUAGUGCGAUCAUGUUGUAUAGGAUUAUGAGCUAUACUUAUUGCUGAUUUAUUGUCACAAUAUAGUCUCAUAGGUCCUUCCUAUCUUAUCUUCAAAUCAUCAAGGAUUAUCUUUAACCAUAACAACUCACAAACUCCCAUAGCCAUAGAUCUAAACUCGGAUUCUGCACUUGAUCUGGCUACUACAUUUUGU